CCUGGCAUCCACACUUGGUCCCAACCACGACCACGAUCGACCAGGCACAAUUCCCGAGAACAUUGACGGAUCCUGGGAACUCCUGUCGUUUCCGUUCCAGUCUCAUACUAGACACCGUGCCGUUGUCCUUCGCGAUACUGGGCCGUUGAUUCUGAUCUCACGGGAAUGAACGACGUCCGGCCAUGGCCACGCUGAACAUCGCAGCCGCCACCGGCCACAUGUCUUUAUCCAAUCAGCAAAUGCGUGGCUUGAUGCAAGCCCGUUACUAGGACCUCGGUGACUAGAGCCCAGGCACUAUCAUAGCUUCUGAUCAAUCUCGACUUGAAGCUCCAGAUUCGCUCAUCUUCGACAGUCCUCGGGACAAACUUGGAUGUAUCAACCUCAGGCUUACUCCUGGAGCGAUCAGGCAAAAGAUUCUACCGCUCAGUUGUCCCUUUUGUCAUGGACUCUGUCGUUUUCGGGACAAUCGAACCAGUGAAUGGCGACAAGUGGA